AGGGUCUUUCUCUGCAGAGGGCGCGUUGGCCAAUCUGCAUACUAAUUCUCUUCUUUCUCUCUGAAAUCACUGUAGUUUCCGGCCACAAUGGAGCUAUUCUAUGUCGUGGUGUUCGGCGGGCUUGCCGCGGUGGUUGCAACUCUCGAGCUGAGCAAGACCAGCAAGGAUCGAAUCAACACUUCUCCCGCUUUCAAUUCCUUCAAGAACAAUUACCUCGUUGUUUACUCUCUCAUGAUGGCUGGAGAUUGGCUGCAGGGUCCUUAUGUUUACUAUCUUUAUAGCACCUAUGGCUUUGGAAAGGGGGAGAUAGGACAGCUUUUUAUUGCCGGUUUUGGAUCCUCCAUGUUGUUUGGGACAAUUGUUGGAUCUCUAGCUGACAAACAGGGCCGGAAGAGAGCAUGUGUUACUUACUGCAUUACAUACAUACUUAGCUGUAUCACAAAGCAUUCUCCUCAGUACAAGGUGUUAAUGAUAGGCCGUGUGUUGGGAGGUAUCGCCACUUCUCUCCUAUUUUCCGCAUUUGAGUCGUGGCUUGUUGCUGAACACAAUAAGAGGGGCUUCGACCAACAAUGGUUAUCACUAACAUUUUCAAAAGCAAUAUUUCUUGGGAAUGGUCUUGUUGCCAUUUUAGCUGGAUUGUUUGGAAAUCUACUUGUGGAUACACUUUCUCUUGGACCUGUUGCCCCUUUUGAUGCUGCUUCAUGCUUUCUAGCUAUUGGGAUGGCUAUUAUCUUAUCAUCAUGGAGUGAGAAUUAUGGAGACCCUUCAGAAAGCAAGGACCUUCUGACCCAAUUCAGGGGUGCUGCUGUAGCUAUAGCAUCUGAUGAAAAAAUUGCUUUGCUAGGUGCCAUCCAGUCUCUGUUUGAGGGUUCAAUGUAUACCUUUGUGUUCCUCUGGACUCCUGCCUUGAGUCCUAAUGAUGAAGAGAUUCCUCAUGGUUUCAUUUUUGCCACGUUCAUGUUGGCUUCUAUGUUGGGAAGUUCACUAGCAUCUCGGCUGAUGGCCCGUACAUCACCCAGGGUAGAGAGCUACAUGCAGAUUGUUUUUGUGAUCUCUUCUGCAUCUCUUCUGCUCCCAAUCAUAACCACUUUCUUGGUAGCACCUUCCAAGGUGAGAGGUGGAAGCAUCUCCUUGGCAGGUUGCAUCCAAGUUCUUGGCUUCUGCACUUUUGAGGCUUGUGUAGGAAUAUUCUGGCCAUCCAUUAUGAAGAUGAGGUCCCAGUACAUUCCUGAGGAGGCUAGAAGCACCAUUAUGAACUUUUUCCGCAUUCCUCUUAACAUCUUUGUGUGCAUUGUGCUGUACAAUGUUGAUGCUUUCCCUAUCACUGUCAUGUUUGGCAUGUGCUCAAUUUUCCUUUUUGUGGCAUCUAUCUUGCAAAGGCGGCUAAUGGUGAUCUCAGACAAGCCAAAGGCCGAAUCUUGGAUAUCUGUGAAAGAAAGGGACACUGAGGCAGAGGCUCUAAACAUCUGAGUGAUGUUGAGCCGGCUGAUUCCCAAUGAUGUCUCCCCAGGUUGAAAAAAAAAAUAAAUAAAUAAAAAAAACCUUAUUCAUUCAAUAUACUCUUGCUGUUCCUGUUUGAUCAAAGUUGUAUUUGAUUCUAUUGUAGAGUUUUUAAUGUAUAAGAAACUACAAGUCUACGUCUAUCCAGCAAAAAGGGAUUGUGGGUUAAAGGUUACUUGAGUUUAGUGGUAUUUGAUUCAUUCAACACCUUCCAUCUUGUAGUAAAUUAGAUGUCCUCUUUUGUAAUUCUCAAUUUAUUCUUUAUUGAACUUGUCCUAUGAUAUGUACUACAUUUUUGUUUAUCUUAUGUAAAAUGCCUGGAUGCAUAUGAUCUAGUGAUUUCACAAUUGAUUCCAU